AUGGCAGAGUUCGUAACAGCCUUACAAGAAAUCCAACGCUUACCUCCUGGACUCCAUCUCUUUUGCCCCCGGCAGAGCGACGAUGAUUUCGACAGAUAUGACGAUGCACCAAACCCCGACCCCAAUGACCCAGUCCGGUUUGCGAGAAUCGAGGAGACAAAGGAACGCCGGAAAAAAUUUGUAUCGUCCCUCCAACUCCUCGCCUUCGACGGGCCAGAAAGUGAGCAAUACCAACGUUUCAUGUGGGAAAUUUUGGAAGAAGCCUUGGGAAAAUGUGACAUUUGCAUACGGGAGUACUACAUUGCAAAAGUCGACUUGCUGAACGCUUUACGGGCGGACUAUGACGAGAACGAAGUUGCAGUCUUCUUCGACCUGAUCAAUCGGAGGGAUGUCCAGCGGAUAAUCCAGGGACUCGACGGCGCGGAUCAGACUCUGCGGAAUGUCCCAGAACAGAAGAGGGGCACUGCGGUCUUGAAUCCCAAAGAUCUUCACGCCUUGUUUGAGGCACUCGCUUCCCAGGCUUUCCUAGACAAUGAAGAUCAACUUCAGGCCCAUUUUGAUGGGCCCUUCAAGAUGAUACAGACGAAGAAGUCGCUGAAGACGCGGGAUGUCCUUCCUGCCGCCACUCAAUUUCUCUUUGACUCUAACACAGUCCGAGUGGUGUGGGCAAGUUCGAUUUGGAUGAGACUCAGUCGACAUCCCACGGAUCUUGAAUGGGAUUGGGCUGUGAAAGACUACCUUCAGAAGAAGCUUCAGACAGCAUCCGAUCCUCACGAUGUUGCGAAACUGUGGGGUGCUUUGAACCUCAUUGUCCAGAAGCUUGACGACCGAUUGAUCACGUACAAACUUUUCGAUCUCCACCCGAACAUAUGCACAACAGCGCUGAAUCACUUGGCCAAGCGGACAACCGCCGUGCCCUCUAUUCUUUCGACUCUCAAACAGAUCUUGGACAAAGCUCCGGAUGCAUUUUGGCAGGCUAUGGGCUCUAUCUCCUCGCAGACAAUCGUUGAGCAGAUCUUUGCAAGCCCUUCGUUUAACAAGGACCUCCAGGAAUCUACGGCAAGGGCUGGCGAGUCCACCCCGAAUGUCCUGUCUUGGAUCAUUUCACUGCUGGAAUCACUCAAGCCUGCCAAUCGGCCGCCCGCUUCACACACGCUCCUCAACCAGCUAUUCGAAAGAAUUGAUAAUGGCUCCCUCAGCCUUGCAGCAAGAAGGGCAUGCUUUGAGCAAGCUGUAAACGUGUUGCUAAAGACCGUAAUGAGUUUUUCCGGUGAGGAAGAGGACAGCCAACGUCCAAUCGAGCGGUUGGUCUAUCUUGACACAUUAAACCUGGUUGGCCAUCGUCUAGACGUGAUACUUCGACCUAGAGACCUGGCUCUUGCCGGAUCACUGCAGAAGGACACUCGGGAACAUGUUGUGAACCUCGUCAAAAACUCGAUCGCCUUGGAAUGUAAGUGUCUGAAGCUCGAUUUUGAGAAUCUCACCCGCAACGAAUCCCAUGGGCAGGACUCGAGUGCCUACACUCCAGAGAUUUGGACCUCUGUCAUUGACAAUCUACGGGAUGAUGAUCACCCGCUGUCCGCUGCGGCACUGAUAGGGAUCAUGUCUCUUCCUGGUCUGGAGCAAUUCCGCAUCAGAGAAGGCGACAGCAAGGCAAGAGAAAAAGAGUCAUACAACGCUAUCUUCGAAAAAGUAAACCAAAUGGUCAGCAAGCUGCUGGAGCGCAUAUCCGAAUUCCAACCAUCCCAUCUGGACUCCCUGUUCAGACAACAAGAUACGAGCAUGUCUCUAGUAGCCGCUCUAUUCUCACCACAUCAAGAGAUAUACCAAGCAUCUAUUGCUAUGGUCAAAAAUAUCAGUGGAGAGUCAGGCCGGAAGGAAGCUCUCGCCCAUUUGAUCACCGCUUUUCUCGGGACUACCAUAUAUGGUAUUUGCUGGUUGUUCAGGCGAGUGGCCAACUAUAAGACGUUUGCCUCGGUGCCCAGAAUGCUGAAGACAGGAAUGGAAAUCCUUGAUGUGCUUUGUAACCCAACAGAUGGCCUCUUACGACGCAUGGAGCUCUCUGGUCGAGACCUUAGAGCUGUACAGAGCUACUGGUCAUACCAAUGGAUCGCUCUCAAGACCAUAUAUGGCUACACGGAGCGCUGGUCCAUAGAGAUGCACAACAAGGAUCUGAUGAAGGAGGUCUGCCGCGACGCCAUGCAAUAUGCUCAACAGCUCUUCCAUGAAUACGACCUGUAUGCGAGCGUCUUGACAAAGCCAAAGCCUGAUAAAGCUGACGAGGUUCGAAUGAUCCUGCUGGACUCGGCUAGCGCCAGUGAGAAGAAUAUCGGAUCACCCUUGAGUACUCUCGAUACCAUGUGCAAAUGGCUGAGACUGAGAGACGAGUAUCUAGUUGACACACUAGUAUCACUGAUCUGCAACAUGCUGUACCAGCUCAAACGGCUUCGGGCCGUGGUGACCCAUAGUCAAGGUCUCGCAUACGUGGAAAAUGUGGCGACAGGAGGCAACGUUAGAACUAUGCUCUCAGCCUCGCAAAAAGCUAGAUUAGUACGGGCUCUGGAAGACUAUUUCGACCGCCAGAUCGGAAGACCAGCCAUCAAGAAGCAAGCUACACUUAACGUGGAGAAAUGGACCGACUCAGCUGCCGCCUCGAGAAUAUCCACCCCUGAGUUUAGGGACCAUGGCGCUGAUGAAUUUGGAGACGACGAAAUCGCCGAUGAGGACCUGAUCGAAAUCGCGAGCAAAACCCUUGAUACUCAUAAAGCAACUGUCACAGCCACGGACAAGAAGAAGAUCAAAUCUCUCCUCUUACAGCAACCGCCUGCGAAAGCGAAGGCCGCGCCUGUAUCCACAAUCGACAUUCAAGCAAAGAAGGCGCAGGAAGCGAGGACUUUCAUCGAGAACCGGAAGCGCGAGGAGGCUGCCCGAAAACUCCGUGACAAGGAAGCUGCUCUUAAAUUGAAAGGCAAAACCGGAAUUGGUGCUCAGACGAGUGGUCAAGGCUCUGGACUUGCUGGGCUGGGUGUGGUAGGCAAGGAUCAUUCGGCCGGUCCAAACAGUCUCAUGGUGUCCAGCGAGUCUGAAUUCGAUUCAGAUUCAGAUGACGAAUUGUUUGGUAUCCAGCCGAGAGAUCCUACGGUUCGCGACCGGCUUGGACAGAGCAAGCCCGUGCGGGCUGGUCCUGUGCGGAAGAUCAAGCAACAACGGACCCAGAAGGACAUUCGUGCUCGACUUGCUCCCGAUCUCGGCGAUUUGCACCGCACGAUUCUUGGCUGGGAUUUUUUCGCGGAGACAGAUACGCCUCCCAAUUCAACCAAGGAAGACUACACCCUCGUUACAGACACGUUUCGAACUGCACAGGACUACCAGAAGACGUUUGAACCACUUCUGCUCUUAGAAGGCUGGCAGAGUUUUCGUGCGGCACGGGAGGACGGCAACUUCAAAGCCUUUGAGGUCAAAGUUGCCAACUCGCUGAUCGUGGACAGCUUCUUUGAAAUUAAUUCGGUGAUGUCUUUCGCGGAAGGUAAGGAUCUCGGCAUUGGAGUCUCGGACGUUGUUUUGUUGUCAAAGGCAAGCAGACCAGAUCAAGACCCUAGCGAGCCACACUGUUUAGCCCGGGUCAAAGAGAUAUUGAGGAAGAAAGGAGAAGUCCAAGUUGUCUAUCGGGUGAACGCAGCAAACAACCCCCUAAGAUCAUUUCUGAACGACAAAGCAGUGGUUUAUGGUGUACAAAUUCUGUCGCUGACACCGUUGGAGAGAGAGUAUGGUGCACUGAUGGCAUUACAGUACUACGACCUGUGCGGCGAGAUAAUCAAGGCUCAGCCGUCUCCCAUUCUCGACUAUGCCGAAGAAGUGCUCCAGCCGAUUAAGGCGACUUACGGUGUGAACUUCGCGCAAGCCAAAGCUGUAAAGUCCGCCCUUGACAAUGACGCCUUCACUUUGAUUCAGGGUCCUCCAGGCUCCGGCAAGACCAAAACCAUCUGUGCACUCGUGGGUGCCAUGUUGACGGGCUUCGUCAAGAAUCAAAACAACAGUGCUGCAAGAUCGAGUGCAAUUCCUGGUGUAUCACGGCCACCGGCAUCCAGCAAGAAGAUCCUGGUUUGUGCUCCCAGCAAUGCAGCCGUUGACGAGUUAGUGAUGAGAUUCAAAACCGGGGUUACAAUGUUGGACGGGACACUCGAAAACAUCUCAGUCGUCCGCUUGGGUCGCAGUGAAGUGAUCAACAGCAAUGUCAAAGACGUUACGCUUGAGGAACUGGUCAAUGCUAAGCUCAGUGCUGCCGCACCCAAGGGUCCAGGGGAGGACAUCCAUGGAUUAAUGAUGCAGCAUAAAGGGGUCUCGGAAGAACUGAGAAAUCUCCGUGACUCAAUUCAAGACCGGCGAGGCAAAGGUCAAACAGUGCCCACGAGCGAUGAACAGCUGAUGGACGCGCUUCGACGGAAGCAGAACGGGCUGGGCAGCAGAAUCGACGAGCUGAGAGAGAAGCAGAACACUGCAUCUCGGGACGUGGAACUCAGUCGAAAACGAAUUCAACAGGAAAUUCUGGAUUCGGCACACGUUCUCUGCGCGACUCUGAGUGGAAGCGGACAUGAACUAUUCCAGGGCCUCAACAUCGAAUUUGAAACUGUCAUUAUCGAUGAGGCUGCACAGUCAAUUGAGCUGUCGGCAUUGAUUCCUCUCAAAUAUGGAUGUUCAAAGUGCAUCCUCGUGGGAGACCCGAAACAAUUGCCACCUACGGUUCUAUCGCGGAAAGCGGCCAAAUUCCAAUACGAGCAGAGUUUGUUCGCCCGGAUGGAGAACAACCACAAGAAAGACGUACAUCUCCUGGACACGCAAUAUCGUAUGCACCCAGAGAUCAGUCUCUUCCCGAGCAAGACAUUCUACGACUCUCUGUUGAAGGAUGGCGCAGAUAUGGCUAAGCUUCGCCGAAGACCGUGGCACCACAGUGAGAUUUUCGCGCCUUAUCGCUUCUUUGACGUCCAGGGCAUGAGCCAAGCCUCAACUAAGGGGCACUCGCUGGUCAACGUUGCCGAGAUCAACGUCGCAAUGCAACUGUACAGGAGAUUGACGACAGACGUCCACAAAUAUGACUUUGCUGGGAAAAUUGGCAUCAUCACUCCAUACAAAGGACAGCUGAACGAACUGAAACGGCGCUUCAGGGAUCAAUAUGGCGAAGCUAUCAACUCCAGGAUUGAUUUUAACACCACAGAUGCUUUCCAAGGCCGAGAGAGCGAGAUCAUCAUUUUCUCUUGUGUCAGAGCUUCAACCCAGGGUAUUGGUUUCUUGAACGACAUUCGCCGUAUGAACGUGGGUCUGACCCGUGCCAAAUGCUCACUUUGGGUUUUGGGUAAUUCGCAAGCACUAAUGCAAGGCGAGUACUGGCGAGCCCUGGUCACAGAUGCCAAAGCCAGGAAUUUAUAUACCGAUGGCGACCUUGCCAGGCUGCUGGGCCGGCAGCUGUUGACAGAUGACAUGAUGAAGGACGAUGUCGAAAUGCUCGACUACAGUGAAUCGCCUGCUGAAAUCGUCAAAUCUUCCACCAUGGCUGCAAGACCAUUUAGUAACAAGACGGAGUCGAAAGAACCAUCCCCAGCACCCAGGAAAGAACCGAAAGACGCAUCUCGACCAACCGGUCCCUCAAAUCAAGCUGUCCCGACCCCUUCCAGGCCAGGAAGCGCUCUCUCCAGGCAUUCUCCAGCGUCUUCGGUUACUCGACCAGAGCCGAAGCGGCAGGACUCGGCACAAUUCGGGGGAAGGCGAGAUCUCGCCAGAGCCGAUAUCAGAACCGAACCACGUCCUGCCGAACCGCGGGAGAAGGCGCUGGUGAUGAGGGUUGAUUCCAGUGGAUACGAUCCUUCGGGGGGCGCCAAUGGCCUCAACGACCUCCGUAACUGCACAAUAUGCGGAUCCUAUGAGCAUCGCACGGCCAACUGCGACAAUGAAGAAGCUCUGGCUGGGUCAAUCGGGACCUGCCAUAGAUGUCAGUACCCUGGUCACACGGCCGUAAACUGCACUGAACCUCGAUGUAUCUCUUGCGGCGAAGUAGGUCAUGCCACCGAUGACUGUACGGCAUCUCUAAAUAAGAGACUCGACAAGGCGCAACAAGAGAGGGUGCGGAGAGAAGAGAUCCGGUAUGGUGAAAGAAGAGACAGAGCACGCCAGCAUCGAGCCGAGAAACAACUUGGUGAACACGGCGCGCAGAUUCCCGCCGUCAAGAGCUCAGUCCCGAGUCUGGAGACCAAGAGAAAGCGGGACGAGUCCUCUGGCAGCGAGUCCACGAGAGCUAAGGUACCGAAAGCCAUGCUCGACAACAGAUCUGCAUCUGGCAAGGUCAACCCAAACAGAGAACCGUCAGCUUUGCCUCCGAGACCCGAACGGCCUCCGCGAACGGGACCAGCGGCUCUUCCACCAAGACCUCCCGGUGGCCGUCCUCCUGCGAUGACGACCAACGUACCACCGACGGUGAGGAAGAAGAAGACCAACGCUAAUGACAUGUUUGUGAAACGAAGAUGA